AUGCGCUUCCUGAUUUGCCUUUCUCUUCUGGCGCUCGUGGCGCCCGCCGUUCUCGGCGUGCCUCUUCCUCAAACCCAGACGGAUACUGCUACCACCAUUCCAGAGGCCCCAGUUCAAGAGACCCCCGCCCCAGAGACCCAAGUUCCGGAGCCCCAGCCGGAACCCCAGCCGCAGCCACAGCCGGAACCGGAGCCCCAGCCGCAGCCACAACCGGAACCGGAACCCCAGCCGCAGCCACAACCGGAGCCGCAGCCGCAGCCACAACCGGAACCGGAACCCCAGCCGCAGCCACAACCGGAACCGGAGCCCCAGCCGCAGCCACAACCGGAACCGGAGCCCCAGCCGCAGCCACAACCGGAACCGGAGCCACAGCCGGAACCGGAGCCGCAACCGCAGCCACAACCGGAACCGGAGCCCCAGCCGCAGCCACAACCGGAACCGGAGCCCCAGCCGCAGCCACAACCGGAACCAGAGCCCCAGGAGCAGCCUCAGCCUGAACCGGAGACACAGCCGCAGCCACAACCGGAGCCACAGCCGCAGCCACAACCGGAACCGGAGCCCCAGCCGGAACCCCAGCCACAGCCGCAACCACAACCGGAACCACAGCCGCAACCACAGCCGCAACCGCAGCCACAGCCGCAACCGCAGCCACAGCCGCAACCGCAGCCACAACCGCAGCCCACUCAGCCACCCAAGCCAACUACACCCAUUAUUCCGAUUAUUAAUACUGCCGGACAAGUUGUUGCUGGUGUGGUUCAGACCACUGGUACUGUGGCUACCAGCGCUAUCAAAACUGCCGGAAAUAUUUUCUCAGGAUUUCUGAGUAUUUUUGGAUAG